UUUUUUAGAUGAAUAUUUGUUUUAAUAGAAUUCUAUGUAUUAACAUUUUCUCGUUAUUCUAGCAACACCAAAAAUAAAAUUUGCCAACUCUUACUUCAAGAUAUGAGUAAUGAUAUAACGCUUGUGCAACUGCAAGGGUUGGGCCUGAUAGGAAAAAUAAUAACUGGGCCAUGGAUGAGUCUGGUUGAUAAAAAUGCAACAGGAAAGAGUAAUCUUGAGUUUGGUGACAUUUUCCAGAAAGCAAUAAGGAAAUUAGCUUACUUCAAAAGUAAUCCAGAAUCAAUUCUUUAUACAGAUGUGGAUAUUUUUAGUCAAGUAUUAAAUAUCAAAAAAGAUAAGGUACACCAAUCCCUUCGUGUAAUAAAAAAUAAAAAUAUUUUGGUAAAGAUUUUAUCAGCUUUAAUAAGCUACACAGAGACAGUUCUCAAAAGACAGAUGGCCAGGUAUUUGACUGGCAAUCUCUCAAAUCCAUCUAAAGAAAUGAUAAAAACCACACUAUCUGCUCCACCUCAUACAAUGGAGGCUGAAAGGAUCUUGGGCAUGCUUGAUUUUUUUUUUGCGUCGUGCUCCUAAUGCUACUUUUGGUUUUCUGGAUUCUAAAAUAAAAGCCAGGGUAAACAAAACAUUAACAUGGCUUGAUGAGAAAACAUUGCCAGAACAAGAAGA